AUUGCACUUUGUGUUGCUACUCACAGCAGUGCAUGGUUAGGCACUGCUGUACUCGUUACCAACAUGAGGAAUUUCCCUCUCAGUAGGGGAACAGUAGCUGGUAUACUCAAAGGCUAUAUCGGGCUCAGUGCAGCAGUAUUGACAGAGGUUUACAUUAUGGCGAUUAAUGAGUCAGCUUCAAAGCUGUUGCUGUUUCUGACUUUGGGAAUUCCAAUUAUAUGUUUGGGCAUGAUGUACUUUGUUCGGCCUUGUACUCCUGCUGGAGAAGACUCUUCGUUGCAUAGCUAUUUUGCCUUUACCCAAGCAGCUUGUGUCACACUUGCAAUCUAUCUUCUCACAACCACAAUACUGAAAGACAUCUUAUCUCUAAGUAAUUCUGUCUGCUACACAUUUGUUGCCAUAAUGAUUAUUUUUCUAAUAUUUCCUCUCGCAAUUCCAAUCAAAAUGACAUUGUUCCCUGCAACUCGUAAGAAUUUUGAGGAACUAGCUGGUUCUUUGGACAAUUUGGUCACAGGAGAAGGUGACUCAAACCACAAGGUUCCUUUAUUGACACCAUCUGCAUCAGCGACAUAUCUUGGAAGUAUUGAUGAAAAUGAAGAUUAUUCAGAUGUAGAGAUACUUCUGGCUGUGGGGGAGGGGGCAGUGAAGAAGAAACGAAGGCCCAGAAGAGGGGAAGAUUUCAAAUUUCGUGAAGCUAUAAUUAAGGCCGAUUUUUGGCUUCUCUGGACAGUAUACUUCGUUGGAGUGGGUACAGGAGUUACCGUUCUUAAUAAUCUGGCACAAAUUGGAGUUUCAUUAGGUGUGGAUGAUGCAAAUAUAUUAUUGAGCCUCUUCAGCUUUUGCAAUUUUUUGGGCCGUAUUGGGGCUGGUGCUGUUUCCGAACACUUCGUGAGGUCAAGGGCAAUUCCUCGGACAAUUUGGAUGACAGUCACACAAGUAAUCAUGAUCAUUGUAUUUCUUCUAUAUGCUUCAGCUCUCAAUGGUACCCUUUACAUUGCAACUGGAUUGCUAGGAAUCUGCUUUGGCGUUCAGUUUGGUGUCAUGAUUCCAACCGUCUCCGAGCUUUUUGGCUUGAAGCAUUUUGGUAUUGUCUUCAACUUCAUGCAGCUGGGCAAUCCUCUUGGUGCAAUUCUCUUCUCAGCUCUGCUUGCUGGUUAUGUUUAUGACAAUGAGGCAGCAAAGCAAGAAGGAUCCUCUUGCUUGGGGCCCAACUGCUUUGGGCUCACAUUCUUGGUUCUAGCUGGAGCCUGUGGUGUGGGCACUGUCUUGAGCGUCAUUCUGACAAUCAGAAUCAGACCAGUCUAUCAAAUGCUUUAUGCUGGGGGUUCCUUUCGUCUGCCUCAAAGUUCUGACCACUGAUAACUAGAGUUUGAUGAGCUUCUUAUGAUUCAAGAAUUGAGUUAUUCAAGUAGUGUAGAGGCAUGUGCCUAAGUAAUUUCUUCUCAAGGCAAAACAUGCGGUUUGUGUUUGCCAUAUUCAUUUUUGGAGCUGUAAAACAUUUGAACUUCAUUUCUCUCUCAGCUGAGGAUUUUUCCAUUGUGGGCCUGCAGUUGGCUAGGGAAAGCGUUGAAGCUUCUAUAUUUCUGUUAGCUAUAUUGAAUAGAAUACGAUUCUGUGGUCAACUAGACCCUAUCUGUCUCCACUGAUCUGAUUUUCUGUAUCCAGUUUGGCGGGAUGUUAGUCUUUGUUUGUGCUCUAUGAUGAAGAACACAGGUACUCUUUUCUAGAUUAAUGGGCUACUACUUUGUGCUUGAUGCAUAACAGCAUAGUAUCAUAAAGCAUUUCUUCCUUUUCUCCUUGUGUUUUGAUUUGUAUGUUCAUCUGUGUGAUUGUGUGUGUGUUUGUGAUCUUUGAGCAACUAAGCCAUGUUAAUAGGCUUGCGAUUUAGAAUUUCC